GCGAAACGUGAAUCAGUUGGCGCUGACGGAACGAAGGAGCAGGUCGAUUCGAUAUAGUGUGAAAACGGAAAGAUUUGUCGGUGCGUGUCGCCGGUGAAUGAAGCGGGCUAAUUAUUACGUGCGAUGGCCGCGUGCUACAGCGAGCAGGCAUCAUCCACCUCGGGAAACGUAACGAAAAAGUCACCUGCAGCCGCCGCGAAAUCAGUCUGCUGGCAACACAGACUGUUCGGUAAACAACUGUCGCGGUGCAGUCAGGUUAAUCAGCAAGAAACAAAACCGUGCGAUGCAAGUGGUACUCUCGUUGACGAGGAUGGCCAGCCAACUUGUGAGGUGAUCGGUGUGUACUUUAGUUUUAUUAACCCCGGUGCUACCUGCGAUGACUUUACGCGUCAGCUGCUCGAUCUUUACGCGAGUGUCAAUUUGUCGCACGCGGAAAAUGACCGAGACGCGGACAGUUCUAACAGAGAAAGAGAAAGGAAGAAAAGGUUCGAGGUCGUGCACGUGGUUCUCUGGAGUAACGUAGCCGACGUCCUCGACUUUGAAGACAGUUUUCGCACACACGUUUCGGAAUUACCCUGGUUAGCAGUGCCGAACUUAGAUUAUGAAAGAAAGACCAGACUGACUCGGAGGUACCGAAUAAAGGCCGGUGUGCCGACUCUGAUCUUAUUGGACGGUUCCAACGGCUCGAUAAUAACCAGAGGAGGUGUGGAACGAACGAUCGGUGAUCCUGGUGGAGCUGAGUUUCCUUGGAAGCCACCCCAUCCGAAGGCUGCCCUCGAAGAUGGUCCCUUGUUACCAUGCGGCGCUCGGGAUAGUAACGAACCCAUGCUGCACGAGGAGUUACGGCACUGUUUUAAGGGUGUUUACUUUAGCGCACACUGGUGUCCACCUUGUAAAGCGUUCACCCCACAACUCGUAGAUACCUAUCAGAGAAUCCGAGAGAGGGGUCAUGACUUCGAGGUGAUUUUUGUGAGUUCAGAUAGGAGCGAAGAGUCUUAUAACGUUUAUAUUGAAUCGAUGCCUUGGUUGAGGAUACCUUUUAGUCAGGAGGAGAGACGGAAAAAAUUAGCGAGAGCUCUCGAUGUACAAGCAAUACCCACUUUAGUGGUACUCGAUCCUCGGGAUAACAUUAUAACGUUGGAUGGACGAGCCGAAUUGCUAGAAGAUCCCGAAGGAUUGAAUUUCCCAUGGACCAGUCGCCUGGUGAAUAUUUUAACCGAGAAGUAUGCCACUUCGUUGCACGAUGCACCGGCGAUUAUACUUUUUGUUGAAGGUGAAGACUGCGAGAUUCAAUUCGCAGAAAGUGUAUUAAUGCCAGCUGCCCAAGCGUACAGGAAACAUAGACCUGAUUACGAUCCAAACUAUGACGAUCCUGAUGAUGUUUUACAAUUUUAUAUAGCAUUAGAUUGUGAAACGUCCGACAUUCUUCGCGAAUUUGUUGGUUUAGACGAUGCUGUCCCACUUUUAACAGCGAUUGAUAUACCUCGAGGAGUUUAUGUCGUGAUGGAGGAUGGCGCCGAAAUAACUGUAGAUUCAGUACAACAGUUUGUCGAUGGAUUUCGUAACGACAAAUUACCUACGAACAAAAUAGCUGCGACCAUGCGAAGGAAGGAGCAGUUAGGUUUUCCAUGUGGUCAUUAUACAACCACAAAAUAAAGAAGCCCCCAUCCUCUCUUCUCGAUCCUAUCUCUGUGAUACCAUUGCUCCUUUCGUAGGAAGGAUCUCGCGCAAUGUUGCGUUUGUAUUCGCACAACCCCUUUGUGGAAAUAACCAAAAGACAUGUAUUAUAAUAUCAUAGUCAAUGAAAACUGAGCGAAUUGUAUUUUUAAGUGUACACACGCACAUGUUAAUAUAUUCUAAUGUAUUACUUAAUAAACGUCAAAUGAACCACGUCAAAGGUA